GCUGCAAAGCCUCUUCAACCAUCAUCUUAUCAGCUUGUUUCUGGGGCAAACCGUGCUUUCACUGCAAAGUUCCUCAUUUCUCUCAAUGCAGCCAGAUGGCUCCUAUCGCUACCCCAGCUCCUGGGAGAGGUGGCUUUGGAGUCGUGCAGGUUUCAUCUCUAAAAAGCCUCGUAGCUCUUGGAAACUGGAAGGAGGGAGGGAUGUGACUUUCCUUCUCACCCUUCCUGCUCGUUUUUUUCUCCCUUCAAAUGAACUAAAAUGCAGCUGAUGCCACGGGUAUUUUAAGAACUGCAGAGAGGAAGAGGGGCUCGGCAGCUCUGCAGAGAAGUGGGAUGAGCGCGGAGAAGCCACUGGUCUUGCUGAGCUGGCAGACAGCAAAAUAACCAGUUACGGGAUGAGAUGUGUCUCGUGGCUGCUGCAGAGAAGGGAAGAGAUGCGUGGGGAGGAGGGGGCAGAGAGAGGAGUGGUGUGACUCGGGGAACCGAGCACUUCUGCAGGGCCGGCGUUUGCACCGCGCUGUCGCAUUUCCCCUCGGCUCAGCCGUCUCCGUUCGGCCGUGGCUGCCUGGGGCCCGUCAGCCUUUCCUGUUCUGGGCCAGGCUCGUGGCCCCUGCUCUGCGAGCUCUUACACGUGCACACAGUGCAGAGCUCAGCACCGCUGCUGGCUGCCGGCUCCUGCCUCAUCGCAUCCUCAUCCUCCUCACCAUGAGCCCAUCCUGCGCCCCACGGUGAUGCCGGGAGCUGGGAGGACACAGCGGGAGGUGAGACCCCGCACCCAAGGCCAUGCCCGUGCACAGUGAGCAGCAGCCGUGCACUCAGCAGCCUUGCAGCCGUGCCCAUGCUCUGCUGCAGCCCCGGCCCAGCCAUGGAGAGCGCAGAGCUGGAGUCAGACAUCCUGCGCCGUGUCCGCACGCUGCUGCGUGAGCUGGAUGGCCACCAUCCCGCCUGCCAGCGUGACCGAGGGAUGCUGCGAUGGACCCUGCACAAAAAAAUUGACCAGAAUCCCAGUAACAGCCCCAUCCUGGUCCGGAUCCUGGUGAAAGAGCUGGAGAGGGCAGAGCGAGGUGACUACAGGCAUUACAUCAUCCCUCUGCUGCACACACUGAUGUACGCCUUGAUUAAGGCUCCCUGCAUCUCCGACGAGCUCUGCAGCAGAGUGUAUGAUUUCUGCAAGAAGCUGCUCACCCUGCCCAAGCCUUUCUGCACCAUUGGUUUGGACUAUGCUGCCAGGCUAAAGAUGGAAAGGACAGCACCAGGAAUGCUCUACCAAAGGAUGGUGAUUUCUGAACAAAGUCUUAGAAGCGAACCCUACCCCUACCAGGAAAAGAUUUUCAUCUUUGCUGACCCGGAGCUGCUCUCCGAAGCCAUCUGCAAAGCUCUGCUCACUGACACAGAGGCAGCUCGAGUCUCCCAGAGCCCGAGGGCAUGUAUGUGCCAUGUGAUUACCCACGCCAUGCAGGCAGCCCUGGGUGAGGGCUGUGACCUCAGCGCCUUGAGGAUGCGGCUCCAGGGCAUGCCCAGCAGCGAGGUUGAGCACUGGUUCCAGGAGGUGGUGACAACUGUUGAGUGCACAGGGAGCAAAGGAGGUGCAGACCGCAGGCAGCACACGGAGAGACUGCGGAGCAUCUACAGUGCCAUCCUCAGCUCCUCACCACCAGGCAAUGCUCCCCUGGAAGGGCUGCAGGGCACCCCGCUGCCCAACCCCAACAUCAGCUUCCACCUCUGGACAGAAGAUGAUCAGCUCUGGAAGGAGCUGGUGCUGUUCAUCCGCCCGCUGUCGCAGAGCUGUGAGCCCGAUCGCCUGAGUCAGGACCUGGACAACUUUGAGAUCCAAGACAUCAUUUCCGACUGCGAGUGCUGCGAGCAGACCCGCUUCUCCGUGCUCUCCACUGACAGUGGCAUCGAACGGGACCUGCCACCGACUGCCGAGGAGCCCUUUGCCCCGUGCAGUGCUGACACAGAGCAAUCCCGGCUCCAUAGGAAAGGUGGCAUUAAAAAAAAACCCUCGCCAUUGGAGAGCGUGGCCUUCCUGCAGACCGGCUGCAACAGCCCCGGGGUGAAACCUGCAGCCAAAGUGCAGAAGAGAGUGGGGAUCCCCACUGAGCCCACGGCCCCUCUGCUGAGGCUGCACACUGCCCGCAUUGUGCUGCUGGGGGACGAUCGCAUCCUGGGGCGCCUGGCCCAAGCCUACCACUCCCUGCGGAAGCGAGAGACACGGCGUGUCUUCCUGACCCCAAGGCUAAACCUGCAAUUCUACUAUGUGCCAGUGACUGGGCAGCCGGGCACAUUGGCAGAUGCGAACCCCUCUGCCACCAGCCCCGAGGAGCUCUGUGAGGUGGCUGCCUAUCUGAGCAGAGCUGACCCCUGGUAUGAGAGCAACAUCAACACACUGUGCCACAUGAUCCCCAAGCUGGCCGCCAUGCCUUCCUCUCCAAGCAAGCAUUUGGUGACGGAUCUCUUCAUCACUGAUGUGAUUGCCUACUAUGUCCGUAUGGGUGCCCAGCCCAUCUGCUUCCAGGUGUACGCAGUGAAGGUUUUCUUCAGCAGCUCAGCACAGGAACCAGCUGAGGAUGUGUUCCUCACGGAGCUGUGUGCCCAGGUGCAGGACAGCAUCUCCCCCAGAGAGGUAAACCCAACCAAGAAGAAGACGACCCUGGAUGGCCCUGGCAUAGAUCUGACUGUAACAUACAGGAAGGUUGUGGUGAGUGACCGGGCAAAGGAGGUAUCACUAUCCCUGCGCUCCACGGGUCUCUCAAUGAAGGCCAUCCCUGCCAGCUCUGCUGAAGAUCUGGAAUGUCUAAAUGUGAACAUCACUGAAGCUGUUAGGAUCAACAACUUGUCAGGACGAUCUUUCUCAACGGUGGCAAACAAGUUGAAGACGCGCAACAUCAAAAUCAGUAGCACAGAGCAAAGGCCCUUCACAUUAUGUCUGGACAAGGACAGCAGAAGGACCUACAGGAGUGUGAUCAGCCUGGAAGUGUCUCCUUGCCUAGAGCCCAGCUACUGCCUGCAAAAGUCAAGGACAAUGAAAUUCAGCCUGCACGAAGCAGAGGAUGUGGGAAUUGUGAAAUACAUGCCCAAGUCUCUGCUGCUGCCCAUCAACACGUUUGCAGGUGUCAUCCAGUGAAGAAAAGGAGAAAAAGCUGAUGUGCAAGAUGCAGCACCUGGGUCGUGAUAGGAGAAAUGGAAAGAGGAAGCACACUAAGAUAAACUGACAACAGUGGCUUUGCAAGCAGGGUGGUGUUUCUAAAGCUGCAAAGGCAGAGGUGGGCAGGACAACCGUGUGCCAAGGAAUGGCUGUGAUGGCCACAGCCUGAGCUCCCUGCCAGGGCAAAGCCCUCCUAAAGGACUGGGAGAUCUGACCUAUUGCACAAGUCAUGACAAACCUCCAAGCUUUUCAUUUCAGGGAAAGGACUGGGGAAAUAGAGCUGAGGUGAUGGUGCUUGAUGUGCUUGUGGAUCAAGAGAGCAGUUGCUAGCACUAAUAUUUAUUGCCGUGGCAUCUCCUGGCCUGGCGUGGCAUGUGACAUGAGUGUAGUUGAUGGGACACCCACUGUUGUUUCAGAGGGGCUGUGUAAGUAUGAUGGGUGGUGUGAAGCAGGGACAAGGGAAAUACUGUGCAAUAUUUGGCAGUGAUGAACUCUGGAUGCCCAGGCAGCACAGCUUGGCUUUGUUCUGAGAAGCCUGCAGAACCCCUGGGAGACUCCUCCAUUCCUUCCCCCUGCUGCUGCCAGGGUGUGGGAGCCCUCCCCUGGUUUGCAGAUGGGUUCACACCAAAGCAGCUUUAUGGAGGAAUGUGUCUGAGGCCCAUCUUGGCUGAAGUAAUGGAAGAAACACGGUGUACAUUUGUUGGCUCUCUGAAUACAGUCUGUGAUAUCUGGGGUGUCUCCAGGGUGUCUCCUGUAAAUUCACAUUGGAGGGGAUGUGGGAUCCAUGACACCCUUCCAUGACACUAUCAGCUUUGAUUCUUUCAGCUCCCAGCAGCUCAGGGUUCCUGGCUUGGAUCCGCUGCACCAAGGAGGAGUCUUCCAGCCUUGUCAAUGCACACAGCAGCUCUUCCAGUGUCACCUACAGGGCGUCCCUUGAGCAUAGAUAUCCAAGUCUGGAGAUGCUUCCCUCCAAGCCUGUGGGUUGUCCUGGUUGGUUGGACCCUAUGAAACAUUCUGCUGCUGUCCCUCAAUGUUGUCUUGGCAGAGCAGGCAACUUUGGUUCCUGUUCCCAAGCUCAGGGUGUGUGCACUCUCACUUUGAAUGCACCACACAGCCCCAAACUAGCACUGGAAAACAUUCCAGGGGGCAAAGAACUCUGGAGCUGUUGCUGUGUGAUGGGUUAUUUAGCAGCAUAAAGAGCCUCCAGGUCCCAAAAAGCAUUUAACCCCAAAGCAGCACCAACAGCUGAUGGGCAACAGCAUCACAGCACCUCAACAUCCCAGUGCAGGAACCUGGAAGGUCUCAACCAUCUUCAGUUCUUCAGUGCACUUUUACAUCUCCCCUCAACAAAUGACAACCAUGAGGCCGUGGGUCAGAGCGUGGUCUGUGGUGUCCAGGGCUGACUUUGUACAGCUGUAAAUGGUGUAGAUGGAUUAUAAGUUAUUUGUACAGGUGUCGCAGAGGAUCUGUAUCAGAAGGUGCAAUUCUUCUAAUGCCAAUUAUACAUAUAUAUAUAAAAGAGGGGGAAAAAGCAGAAAUAGACCUUUUUUUAAAAUAAAUUUACUUGCUUGUGGCU